AUGACUGCCAAAAACUUCAAAUUGUACCUCUGCUUUCUCGACCACAAAAAAAUCGAGCUUGCUGCUCUUGAGCAAGCCAAUAAAGCUUUUAUGCUGUGCUCCGUCCCUACUGACUCGAUCUUGGAAUAUACCAACACAUCAAGGGAACGAAUAGUCGAAUUGACCGAAGCUGAAAUUUUUGUUGAAAUGCUCCGCCGUGCCCGAAAAUUCGACAAUGCGAAAAUAACCUUUUCGUUGACAGAAGCAAAGGGCGAUUGCAUUGGUAUCGACUUGGAAUUCAACGUCGGAGAAGAUAAGUGGCUCAAAAGAUCGGCAUAUUUUCCCGUGAACGAAAGGCCCUCGAAUUGGCGGUUCAACCACGAGGAGAUGGAUGAAUAUCAGGCAAUCGUUCAUGCAAAUCCAUUUCAAAUUGGAAAAGAAUUGGAUGCACUUGGAACAGGCGGAAAAUUCUUAAAAAUUCGGGUAGUUCGUCCAGGAGAAAUAGAAUUGGAGACCUAUCGAUCGCCUCGGGUAACACUAACCACAACAAUUGGAGGAAGGAGUUGGAUCGAAAUAGAAAAUAUUAAUCUCGCUUCAUCUAUCUCUGACCUCAAUGUGAUGAGAGCCAUGUCACCGGGGCUGUUGCGAUCAGGAGAAGCAAUGGAAAUCCGUCUUCGAGGAGAUAAAAAUCCGAUGUUCAUAAAAAUCGGAUAUGAGGGUUUCCAGAUUGUCAUUGCUGUUAGUUCCGUUGACCACUUCAAAAAGUCUGAUGGAUUUGAAUGUGACCCGAAAGAAGACAAUGAGUUUUUACUUCUAUACGGCAGGGAUAUUCCGCACCAAACUCUCUUGGAUCAGCAGAAAAGGGAAAAAGGCACGGCGUUCAAAUUAACCAAAAAUUUUUAUAUCGUAUUUUGCAAAGAGUAUUAG